CGACGGUGUUGUGCCUUGCUGUCGUCGCGUCGUUCGCUUGUCCUUUCUUCCCACCACCACCCACCUGCCUGUGUGUGCACCACCCGCGCGCUCUCGCUCGCUCGCUUGCUGUCUCGUUCACUUGUUUGCCGUCUGCGCUCUCUUCACGUCAAUCUGACACCGCCAUGGGGGACCGGCCGCUGCAGAAGUUGCGUCGCACGUUCACGCGAGCAAAGGAUGUCAAGACGCAGCAGCCAGAAGUCAAGAGGGUGGGCACCCUCAGUGUACCUGUCAAAGUGAAACGCGAAGCAUGGAGUGAUGACAAGUCGCUGCCGAGCCAUCCUCAAGCCCGGGCCAGCUUCGAUCGCCUGCAGUAUCUGCGGAGCGAGCUGUCGCGGUUUCGCGCCAAGAAGCAGGAGCUGGAGGAUCGCGAGAAUGUGCUCGUGUGUCGCAUGGCGUUUGCAGAUCUUGCGGCAACGGAACACAAGGAGGACGCGGAGGCGUGGGCACCGGAUGCCGAGUUGGACGCCAUGGACGAGGCCGCCGAGAACAGCACCAAUGGCGCAGCGCUGCCGCAGUUGCCAGAGGACAGCCAGGCAGACCAAGCAGACCAGGCCGCAGCAACUGCAACUGAGCCAUCAAACAACGACAAGAGCGGCGGUGGCGGCGACAACGAUGCACCGUCCACCGUGUUGGACAUGCUGACAUCUGACGGCGUUGCCGGCUCGGAGCAGCAGCGGUCUGAUCGCGCCAUGUCCCUCGACAGCUCCAUCAAGCCAGCGGCAGUGGGGAAUAUGCGCAACCACCACUCGCUCUCUGUUCGCUGGCACCGGCGGCAGACGACCCGCCGCCGCCGUGAGGUACACGCGUCAGCAAUGCCGACACGCACGCUCUUCCUCGUGCGCACGGAGCCCGGCAUGCCACUUGGGGCGGACCUGACAACGCUCCUCGUCCCGCAGCGCAACACACGCGGCCGCAUCCCACAGCCCGCGGUGCCGAAAACGGCCACGUUCGUGUCAGCGGUCGAGGACAACAGCGUCGCCGACAAAGCAGGCGUCCGAGUUGGGGACGAGGUGCUGGAGGUUGAUGGGGCGAAAUGCACCGAAUGUGGGGUGGCCGACGUGCUGAAGCACAUCAACGCCAACGAAGGCACCAUCACCCUCGUCGUUCGGUUCUCCUCCGACUACAAACGACUUGUUCUGCACAAGAAGAAAGUCCAGGCGCAGGCGGCCCUACGUGAGCAGCAACAGCGGCUGCAGCGUCUGCGCAUGCGCGAGGCGGAUCUGGUGGAAGCGCUGCGGCAGCGGCAGAAGGAGAAGGCCGUGUUGGACGUGGUGUCGUCGUGGCAGCAGGCGCCCUCCGCCUCCUCCAGCGAAGAUGACCUCAUGGACAGGGAGGACAGCAAGUUGUGGCUGCGGCAGUGUGUGGGCGAUGGCGUCCACUUGUCCGAAGCGGAUGUGCUUUCCCACUGCAAGACCAGCAAUGAUCUCAAACAGGCCAUCCUUGAUCUCCAGCAAGCAUGGCAGGCAGAGAGGCUGAUGUUCCAGGGCUCGCGAUUGAUUCUUGAGCGCCGCCUCCAGCGCGUCACAAACGGACUGAGCACGCUGCACGACCUUGAGGCGGGUGCGCCGGCCGUUCCGUCGUCACGGUCGUCGUCCGCGGCAGGCUCGCGCAAGCACAGCCAGCAGCCAGCCGCGUUUGGGGUUGAUUUGCAGAAGCAAGAAGUGAUGACGACGCCGCGACCGCGGCUGGUGCUGGAUACGGGCCUCUCGUCCUCCUCCGUUGUCGACGAUGUCGAGAUUGAUGCAGACGCAAUGGCAGCGACGGCCAAGGCACCGUCAGCAGCCACCGCACCAGCAACGUCAACAUCAACGGCAUCGAACGCCACUGAGAAGGGUGCGCACGCGAACGGCAGCAGCUCACACGCGGUCCUGGAGAAGAUUGUGGAUAUGACAACGCCGCACGAGCCAGCAGCGAGCACACCGGGCGGAGCGAACGGCAGUCGACCUGCCAUGGCGAGCACCAGCAGCGCCGCUACAGCCACGUCGAUGGUGUCGAGUGAUUCCAGCAAGCACGACGACGAUGCGUUUAUGUUUGAGCCCGCGCCCGCGCCGCCCUCCGAGGACGACGAUAGCCACUCCGACUUUAUCUCCGAGAUUCAUCACAGCGAAGUGUAGAGGGAAGGAGAGAGGGGUGGGGAAUGUGUGUGUGUAUUUGUGACUCUGUGUGUGUGUGUGUGUGUGUUUGUGACUGUGUUUAUGUGUGUGGUUGUGUGGUUGUGUGGUUGUGACUGUGUGAGUGGGCGGGUGUAUUUGUGACUGUGUGUGGGUUGAGGGGGACGGGAGUCACGCUCGAUUAGAUCGCUGCACAGGUCCUGCUUGCUUGCUUGCUUGCUUGCUUGCUUUCUUGCUUUCCUUUUGGUUUUGGAUUUGUCCUCUUUAUCCUGUCACCUCAUCAUCAUCAUCAGCAGCAGCUUGCUCUUCUUCUUCUUCUUCUUCUUCAUACCACCAGUUUAUCCACCGUGUAAUCACAGUGUUUCAGCCCCCUAUUGUGGAACCGCACACUUGCUUGGCUGCCGUGUGUCUUCUCUGUCUGUCUCUCACCCUUCUCAUUUUCACGCAAAGGAGGAAGCAACACGUACACAAUGAAGAGAUGACACC